CUUGCACGUUGGGCCCGGCUGCGCCUGCCGAACGGCCAAACUGCCCGCUCUGCAUGGACCGAAACAUCCAAGGACAUGAACGAAGUACGCAUGUCCAGAAUGGUGAAGCUUGAUCUCGACAGCAAGACUGAGUUUGCCGAAAUUCAGUACUACUUUCUGAUGCGUACCCCUUCAUCUGAGAUCCCCCAAGGCUUCGCGAUGGCCUCUGUCUAUGGACCACCAGAUCAAGAACUGCUCAAGCAAUCACACAACACUGUGUGGUCCUGUCAAUAUCGUGGUACAGAUGGUCUUCGAGUUAUUGACACACGCACUAUCCAGUCUGUUGUCGCAAUAGUACCA